GGCUCGAGCACCGGCUCACGCAAACUUCGGACAACCCUCAGCACCUGGCCCGGAAAUAAACAUGUCUUUCGACAAGGAAAUCGGGGCUCCAUUUACGCUGGCGUCGCUGCCAAAGCCCGUCAGCUCGACCAACGGGCGCACGCAUGCGGCUGGUGUGUGCAGCAUCAGCGGCAUCAAGAAGAGGAAGCGCACUGAGAUCGUCGUUGGCCUGGAUGGCGAGUGUGUCUCUAUAUACAGUCUGCAAAACCCACAGCUCGUGACGUCGCAUGCCCUCCCUCCCAGCGCCUGCCUGACCACGGCGCCCUACUCGAUCUACCGAAAAGGCUCUUCCAAGACGUCGUCCCAGCGCUUCACAUAUGUCUCUGUCACAGAAUCGACGUCGAGCGACAAGUCUCAGCUGGUCUGCUUCCAUGAGAAGAUCUCGGGAGACAAUGCGCACACAGCCAAGACAUCCUAUGCGCCCUCAAACUCUGCGCACGUCGUCGCCCUCGACUCGCUUCCCGUCCUAGCUGGUGGUUCAAUGAAAGAUGCGACACACGAUGUGCUCGCUACUUUUGACAAUGGAGACGUCGUUUGUCUUUCAGCAGACCUUGAGGUUGUAAGAUGGGUCGCAAACCUGAAAACAGUAGGCCCGUCCAAAGCAUCCGGCUUCGCGAUCGAGCAUGUUGCAGUGGCAACUGCCAAAGCAGUAACACGAGGCCUACUUAAGAGUAGAGAGGACAUUGCAGCCGUUGUGAAUCCCUCAGCCGAAGAAACAUCGGAUCUUCUGGAACUCACUCAGAUAAUUUGUAUUGUUGGCCGGCAGCCGGACAGUUCCAGGAUCCUGAGACUUUUGCAGGUCCAACCACGAUCGCAGGAUCUCAGCACAGCCCCUCUAACACCUCUGAAGCACUUGCUCUCCUGGGACCUCCCCACCACGUCAAGCACACCAACUUCCACUACUUCCGUACCGUACUACGCUUUACAUGCCUCUAACGGUUCUCUUCAUGUCCUGACAGAAGGAGCUCUGCUUGCAUACGACUUCUCUGGAACCGUGCCCAAACUUCAGUCGGAGCUGAAACUUCCAGCAUCAAGCAUUGAUUCAUUUCUGCGCAUUUCGCAGGAUCUCCUUUUCACAACAUCCGGACACACAUGCCGUGUAUUUGAUACCAAGUUCAAUUCCCUGCAAGCCCUACUUUCCUUGGAUCCUGCUCCGAAUGCCUCAGAUACGACGAACCCCACGAAAAAGCGAAAGCACACCCAACCUGGAUCGGGCGAGCAAGUGUCUGGUGCCCCAAAACUGGUAGCCUACUAUGCCGACAUUGGUCUGGUUGUUGCUGUCCGAGAAGACGAGAUUUUCGGUAUGCAAUUUGGAGAGACCGUCACACGGAAGCGAGUCAAGACCGAGGGUACGCUACUUGUUGAUGCUCUAGGUAAGGGCAUUGCGACCAAGGACUUGCAGAAGUGGCAAGAUAGAAAGGCCAAGCUCGAUCGAUACGUCAAACACGGGAAGAUUGCCAAGUUCGAAGCAACUCUGGCCGCAGACUUGGGUAUCGAAUUAGAGGCGGCAGAUUUACAGGCGAAGCGUGAAAAUGAAGUGAACGGUGGGCCUCUGACAAACGGUGUCGGCCCGAAGAUUCCUGACGUGGAUACCAUGGCCCUUGACCAGCCCGACGAGGAGCCCUCGGAUGAUCAACUCCGCAAAUGGAUAUUACCCAAGGCCAUCCCCGAUAUACAUCGACAGCAACACCGCCAGCAUGCUUUAUAUGCGUUAAGCCGAAUCUUCCAGUGGGUAGAAGUUGACGCAGGCGAAAGUCGCCCACGCGGCGCAUUGAAAGUCGAUUUCUUUCCACCAAACGUCUUCCAAUGGCUACUUCAGACCGGCAAUCUCACCAAAGAGUCGAUUCGCAGAUCGAAGCUGGACGAUGCUCAUGGUGAUACUCACCCAGUGUCGUCUAUCGCUGACGGAGAUAUCGUCAAGGCUCUCAUCGACUUUGACCCAGAGCUGCACAUCGUCUCGGCCGUCCUCAACCACAGCCAUUUCCUUCCUGUAGGCGAAGUAGUACAGGCUAUUAAGCUCCUCAUGCAAAGUUUGGACGAUGAACCAAACGCCGAUGCAACGACAAAGCUUCUCACGAACGGCGCUGCGCCAGAAGAAGAGAUGGAUGUUGACAUCACCUCAGAAAUUGAAGCCGCCUCCCAUGAAAUCGACCACGCCCUCUCGGUCCUUGACCACGGUCUCCUCAUUCGCAGCCACACCCUCCGCCCUGCACUUAUCCGCCUCCACACCUUCCCCGCGCCACUCAUCAGCUCCACCCUGCGUUCCAUGCUUCCGCGCCGCGAUCUCGAAUCCCUGAUCCGACUCCUGCACCUCGAGCUCAAGAACGGCGGCUGGACAUCGCCAUACGACUUCAUUGAUUCGAAAUCCUCGCCCGUUGAAGCACAGACUGAAGAUCCAGACGACCACGCCGUAUCAAUCGUCGCCUCCCUGCUAAGCAGCACGCUCGAUGCAAUCGGCGCCGGAGCCUGGCUCGCACGCUCCGCCAACGAAAGCAGCGCGGACAUUGUCCAGGCUCUGCACGCGGAUACUUCUGAGGCGCUCAACGGCUUCUGGGAGGCACGCUUCAUGCGAGGUCUGCUAUCAGAGUUCCUGCGCUUUUCCUCCACGCUGCCGAAGACGCAGAAGCCGUCUAACAAGGCGAUGAUGAAGCAGGGGAAACCGUUCUUGGCGAAUGAGAAGCCCGAUGAAUUGCCUAUGCUUCCGCUCGGCGCAAAGGUCGAGAUGGGUGUUGAGAAGAUGAAGAAUGGAAAGGGCGGUAGGAAGGAGGAGAGGAGUAAGCGCGAGAUGGGUAUGUUGAUCAGUCAGCGGGUGCCGAAGUAUAGCUUUGAGAGGGUGAUUGUUUGAGCUGGCGCGGUGGCAUUUCUGUGUAUAGUUGAGUAUGUAUGUAUGAGAUGAAAGAUGGUUUAUCACUAGACACGCAGUUCUGUGGAAGGUAUCUCAAGAAGGAAAAUUAUCAAUGUGGA